AUACCUCGCCGGCGUCCAUACCUUUGAAUCCGUGCGAGGUUUGAUAACAGUCCAGCUUCAUAAGAAAGAAAGAAAGAAAAUCACAUGUAAAAAUUUAACAACUUCUGGGCACUAGCUACUGAAAGAAAGCCAGACUAAGAGAUUGUGUAGGAGAAGGGGUGGUGCCAUGUCGACGUUAUAAACCUAGAAAGUCUCCUCUGAACAGCAGUUUAGCGACGACGAUGCACUCAGACAGAUGCUUUGAUCCAACAACUCGUUGGAAUAACAUAUGGCAACAAUGUGUUCGGUGUUUGUCUCUCCCUAUAACGCCAGGACGUGAAAUUGCCCCUAAUUGCGGUUAUGAUGACCACGGUGGGCGACAUGAGACAGACACGAAACCGUGCAAGAACAACAGUUAUAACGAUGGGCUAAAUUAUAACUGUACACCCUGUAGCACAUGUCCGCUUGGGUAUCGCACUGUGACGCCUUGCAAUCGAACAGCUGACACCGUUUGCGACAAGACGCCCGUUUCAAGCGUCCCGGCGACAAAGAUUCCUGUCACAGAGCCAGCAACCUCAAAAUUCACCAGUGCGUCAACGACUCUGAUGUUCCAAAGAGACAACUUGACACAAAGCACGCUACCACCUACACAGAGUGUCUCAGCUGCAGCAUGGGCAGUACCCUUAGCCAUCCUAAUUUCCAUUCUGGCAGCCUUGUCUGCUUAUGUAGUCAGCAGCAAAUGGAAAAAAGCAAAGAGUUUUAACAGGCAACCCUCGUACAUCAAUCAAGGCUUCGCCCCCCUGACUGGUUCUAAUGGCAGCGACGUGGAGGAUGUGCUCAAUGCAGCCAUUCUGUCAGCACCUUUACAGACAGUGCUGGACAACUUGGAUGUUUUGGAAGAGCUGGUGAUUUUGUUAGAUCCCGAGAGCCACGGGAGAAAGAACACAAAACAUCUCGCUUCCCACUGCGCCUUCCCCUCCACUUGGAUUACUUACAUCUACUCUAUGAAGGACAGUAAAAGCCCCCUGAAGGCUGUGCUGGAGGCGGUUACCUGCAAAUACCCAGACUGGACCGUAGGGCACUUUGUCAAACUGCUCAAACUUAUGGAGCGCAAUGAUGCCAUUGCUGCUCUUGCCAAACUCAGAGUGAAUAAGACAGAUGUGUAGCAGAUACUUUGUUUGACUCCUGCAAGGCUUCUGACUAAAGCACUUGUAUCUUUGUCUGGCUACAGUACAACUAAUUCUAGGAUUUUUAGGGAACAGCAGGACAGGGUUUCCUGAGUUCAUGUACGGUGAACAACAGAUGAGCAGUGACUAGGGAACAAUAAAUUCCAGGUCCUCUAUUUUUCUCCAACAAUAGUAGGAAGCGAAGGAUUCCUUCUUGAUUUAAAAAAGUGCCUCUUCCGUAUCUGCAGUUUAAUAUUUUCAUCACUUGCAAAAGUGACUGUUUAUUUUAAAACCUGUUUCCUUCUUUUUUAUGCUCUCAGCCUUUACAAAUAAAAACCGACAUUUAUUCAAACAUCUUAACAUCUUUAUUAAG